AUGGGAAGUCCCACGCGCUUCGGCCGAUGGCUGCGGGAUGCCCUGCAGAGCACAGCAGGGCCCAACGACCAGGAUGGCAUCGACGAGCUGCACUCAUGUAUUGAGGCGACCUUCUCCCACAGGAACUUUCCGGACGAGUCCGAUGACAAUCUGCGCCAGCGGAAGCAGCGAUGGUUCGAGCUGUUGCGCAAGUUUCAGAAAUACGGCCACUUCUCCACGGGCAACCGCGUGACGGUUCUGGAGGGUGGAGAUCAAUGCUUCCGAGCAAUGCUCCAGGCCAUCGCGAUGGCAGAGACGCGCGUUUGGUGCGAGAGCUACAUCUUCGACAACAGCUUUCUGGCGGAGACCUUCUUCACCGCGCUGCGCGACGCGGCCCUCCGGGGCCUGGAUGUCGUGCUCUUGGUGGACUACAUCGGGUCCUUCUCUUUGAGAAACGACUGGGUCCGCGAGUUGCGAAGCGUUGGCGCAGAUGUGGUGUUCUUCAACCCGGUUCUGCCUUCGAGCUACUGCGUGGGGCCGCUGUCCUUCCGAGACCACCGCAAGAUCAUGGUGUGUGAUGACGUCGGCUUCUGCGGUGGCAUGAACAUACAGGAGGAAGUGGGCGAGGAGGAGUUUGGCACCAGCCGCUUCUACGACGUGCACUCGAAGCUGGAGGGCCCCUGCGUGGCCGACUUGGCUGAGGUCUUUCGCGACUCGCUUCGAGAAGCUGGCGGGCGCGUGAUGCGGAACUCUAUUGAGAUUCCUGCGAGGAAGGAGCCGGGCGUCUACGUUCAGAUCCUCCAGUCCAACGUGCGGCGGCGCCGCCGCACACUCCAGAAGGUCAUCUCGAAGAGCAUCGAUGCAGCCGACGAGUCCGUGCUGCUCACGACAGCCUACUUCUUCCCACCGGGCUUCCUCAAGAACGCCCUCUUGAGGGUGCCGGCUCGUGGGGCCAGGCUCUCGCUGCUGCUUUCCGGGUCCUCGGACUUCUACCCUCUGCCGGGCGACCUGCUGGCACAGACCCACUUCUUGCGCAACUUCCUGCGCGACACCCCGAGCCAGCAAGUCAAAGUGCACUUGUAUGGCCACCGCCACAUGCAUGCAAAGCACAUGUGUGUGGAUGGGGUUUUCUCCACCAUCGGUUCUUUCAACUUUGACCUCUACUCCGCGCGGCGCAACCUCGAGGUGGGCGUCGCUGUUUUCGACCGGGACUUCGCGCUGAAGAUGCAGAACCUGCACCUGAAGCGCGCGGCCGAGUCACGACAAACAUUCUACAGCGACUCCAUGUACCACCAGCCCUGGGUGCGAUGUGCUUGUGCCUUGGCCUUCGGCCUGGUGAGGCUUUCUGGGAGGAAUGUCUUUGACGGCCUGGACUGCUUUCAACGGAAGUGGCUUCUGCGUAAGGCCUCCUUGACAUUCUUGCUGGAGGAACAGUCGGCCCAGUUCAUCGCCACCUCCAUGAUGUGGGGCUUGGAGUGA